AUGUCGGCAUCAGCGCAAGCAUCGACGUCCGCCACAGGUACAGCCGAGCGCGUCCUGCGUCUGCACGUGUGGGGUAGCCACUCCGCGCUGCCCACGCUCGACCCGACCUCGCUGUACGCCGCUGCGCUGCUGCAUGCCACGUUUGAGCACAACGAGCAGGUGCGCAUCCAGCUCGCGAGUGCGUCGACGUCGAUCGCGCGUGUGCCGCUGCUGCAGGUGCUGGACGAGCACAGCGAGACGGUGCAGCUCAUCGACAGCGUCGACGAGAUCCGCUCCUUCUGCACCUCGGCUGGGCUCGACGCUGCGGUUGCUGCAGAUGGGGAAAAGGCAGCAAAGCAAACGGCGUUGCACGCGCUGCUCGACGACCAGCUGCUUGAUCUCACGCUGCACUCGCUCUUCAGUCUUCCGUCCAACUACCGCGCCGUCACCGCGCCCGCGUAUUCGUCGGUUGGUGGGGUGCAGCCGUUGACAUCGUCCAACCCGCUCGCGAAACUGGCUGCGCUCCCGGCGGCGUUUCAGCCAUCGAUCCCGGCUCGGCUGCGCAACGUCGUCGAGGCGCGACUUACCGCAGCGGGACUGUGGGGUCUCGGCGGCAAGGAGGUAGCGAUGCAAAGCUCCGAGUCGGACGACCUUGCCGCGCGUGCGGGCAUCGUCCCCACCAAGAAACGAGGCCUCGGUGCGUCGGCCAAGCAGGCUACGCGCGACGAAUUCGAGCGGUCCAAGCUCAUCAAUCGCGCCAGAGACGUACUUGACGUCGUCAAUGCCGCGCUGCCCUCGUCGCCGGCACUCUACAUGCUUGAUGCGCCCGAACCCAGCAGCAUCGACGCGCACGUGCUCGCCUACCUCGCACCGCUCGUUUUCGCCCAGCCCAAUCUGCCUAUCGAUGCUCUCCCGCGCCUGAUCGAAUCGAGCUAUCCCACCCUUGCCGCAUACCUCGCCACCGUGCGCGAAAGGCUCUUCCCCGCUCAAGCCACAUGGGUCUCGCCAUCGGAUGUCCAGUCCAACCCGCCUGUGCUGGCGGGCACGCAGGCGUCCUCUUCGCUACUCUCGUACUUCUGGCCGUUCGAUUCCUCGUCAAAGGCAAGUGACUUUGCUCCUCCACCAGCCGGCACCGAUACGCGCAGCCACGCACGUCCCACAGCACCCUCGUCGGCCCCGCGCCCGGCCAGACCAAACGGAGCGCCCAGCCAGUCGCCCGAAGACCGCCGUCUGCGCUGGGGCCGCGCAAUUUGGAUUUGCUCGGCUCUCGUAGGCCUCGUCGGCUACACCUUCGCCAGCGGCAUUGUGAGUGUGCAGUUUGUCGACUCUGAUUCCCUCGACGACGAUGAUGACGACUACGAUGAGGAGGAGGAGGGCGAGGACGACGAGGAUGAAGAUGAAGAAGAUGACCAAGACGAAGACGCCUGGCAGGUGCAGGGCGAAGGUGACGAGGACGACGAGCUGGACGAGCUGGAUCUGGACGGAGACGACGAUGAUGAUGACGAGUAUUAA